AUGGAUGCAUGCAAAACCAACAUCAUUUGUCCUAAAAACGCAAGUUGCAAGAACACUCAUUGCAAAUGCAAUAGUGGAUUUAAAUCAAGUUCUGAAAAAGAAACCUUUGUGAACCAAACUGUAACGUGCAGAGAUAUCAAUGAAUGUAAAGAAAAUAAAUACAUUUGCCCCCGUCAUUCAUUUUGCUACAAUACCGUGGGAGACUAUUACUGCCAGUGCCUUCAGGGGUAUGCACUGAGUAGUGGAGACACCAUCUUCAAGGGGCUAAACAUGAGCUGCGAUGUAACAGUCAAUGACACCACCACCCUCCCCAUCUCAGAAACCUGCAACUAUGACAUUAUCUUUGACUCAAUUUAUCAAUCAUUUAUCUCAACCCUCAACUGUCCUCAGAAUUCUGACUGUCACAACAGCAUGGGGAGUUACACCUGCAUGGGCAGGGAUGGCUUUGCCUUCAGGAAUUCGCAGAAUUCCCACUGUCACAAUGGCUUAGGGAGUUACUCCUGCACCUGCAGGGAUGACUUCACCUUCAGGAACUCCCAGUGUAAAGAUAUCACAGUAAAUCUCAACAACUGCUCUAAGCUUGAAAAAGAAAAUACAUUUUCACCAGAGUGUGAAAUGCAGGUGUUAUGUGACAUCAACAGGCUGAUUAAAAAUGAAGAUAAAAAUAAUCCUUCUGAUGUUUUCUUACAGUUUAAGGCUCCGUAUUACCAGGGAAACAGCAGUCAGGAAAUUACAAAUUUUUCCAAUGCACUCUCAAACAACAUCUUCCAAGUGAUUCCUGGGAGAAAGGAGAAGAUUCAGUUGGUAACCCUCUUUCUGGAGAGUGUGCAAUCAGCUGUAUUCUCAGCUGCCCUCAGACUCUCCGCAAAUGAAACCCUGAGGGAGGAAACUGAGUUUAUGGGUAUUGAAACACGCAUAGUUAAGGGCCCCUGCACUGCUGAAAAUGAGAUAUUCCACCUGAUGGUUAAAAAUGAGUCUAUGAAGAUUCACUGCACUAUGGUUGACAGAGAAGAUUUGGCAGGUGCUGUUGUUUUCAUAUCCUAUGCUACCUUGGGAUCCAACAUGAACGAGAGUAUCACACAAGGAGAACUGCAUGAUUUCCACCUGAACUCUAAGGUAGUGAGUGGAACAAUUGGACUUGAGAAGAAUAUUUCCCUCUCUGCCCCAGUUAACUUCACUUUCCAGCAUGUUCGGGCAUUAACUCCAAAGGAACGGUCUCUUUGUGUCUUCUGGAACAACACAACCUGGUCUAAGCAUGGCUGUGAGGUCAUCUCUGCUGAUGAAAAUCAAACGAGAUGUAGCUGCAACCAUCUCUCCACCUUUGCCGUCCUCCUGGCCACCUCUGAGUUGAAGGAGGACCCCGUGCUGACCCUGAUCACAUAUGUGGGGCUGAGCCUUUCUCUGCUGUGCCUCUCCCUGGCUGCCCUCACGUUCCUCCUGUGCAGAACAAUCCGGAACACCAGCACCUCCCUCCACUUGCAGCUCUCUGUGUGUAUCUUUCUGGCCGACCUUCUCUUCCUCACAGGAAUAAAACGCACGGAACCUGAGCUGUUAUGUUCCAUCAUUGCUGGGUUGUUACACUAUCUGUUCCUGGCCGCCUUUACCUGGAUGUUCCUGGAAGGGCUGCAUCUCUUCCUCACUGUCAGAAACCUCAAGGUGGCUAAUUACACCAGCGCAAGCAGGUUCAAGAAGAGGUUCAUGUACCCCUUUGGCUAUGGGAUUCCAGCUGGGAUCGUGGCCAUUACAGCAGGAGUUGGCUACCGAGGCUAUGGGACCUCCACUCACUGCUGGCUCAGGAUAGAAGGAGGGUUUAUCUGGAGCUUCCUUGGACCAAUAGUUACAAUCAUCACGAUGAAUUUGUCCUUUUAUUUGACCACCCUAUGGAUUCUGAGAGACAAGCUAUGCUCCCUCAAUAAAGAUGUGUCCAAGAUCCAAAACACAAGGACACUGACAUUUAAAGCCCUCGCUCAGCUCUUCAUCCUAGGCUGCUCAUGGGGCCUCGGAUUUUUACUGAUCGAGCCGAUGGGUGACCUCUUCAAAUCAGUCAUUGCUUACUCAUUCACUAUUACCAACAGCCUGCAGGGAGUCUACAUCUUUGUGGUGCACUGUCUACUCAAUCACCAGGUGAAAGAAGAAUACAAAAAGUGGUUUAAGGAGAUGCAGAAAAGGACUGAAUUGGAUUCCUACGAGCUGUCUGGCAGUACGACCCAUACCAAAAUGGUAAGGCAACUCUCCCUCCAGAAUUCCAAACUAACAUCCAAGUCAAACACCUCAAGCUACAUCCAGUUCACUGAGCUCCCAGUUCCCUUCUCUCCCAAGAGAGCGAGGAGGUCAUCAUCAUCCCACCACCAGCUGGAGGUGGGGAUUUGA